CCGGCCGCACUGUUGCUGUUAGUCCGCGGCCCGAUCGGUUCGGCCUGUUUGGGUUUUUGACGGUCGCGCAGCGUCCUGGGGGCAGGAGACUCUGACACCUAAUCCGCCAUCACCGCAGCCGCCCGGGCUCAGUGAGCUGCUUGUGCAGACCUUACGAUUAAUCAAGAUGGAUUUCAGCAAACUUCCCAAGAUACGAGAUGAGGACCAUGAGACGAUGGUGGGAUAUGUCCAUGGUGUGUCUGGUCCUGUUGUCACUGCCUCUAAUAUGGCUGGGGCAGCAAUGUAUGAGCUGGUUCGUGUAGGUCACUGUGAGCUGGUUGGUGAAAUUAUUCGUUUGGAGGGUGAUAUGGCAACGAUCCAAGUCUAUGAAGAAACCUCUGGUGUAUCUGUUGGAGAUCCAGUCCUUCGUACGGGGAAACCUCUUUCUGUGGAGCUGGGGCCUGGCAUCAUGGGAGCGAUUUUUGAUGGGAUCCAACGACCACUAAAGGAUAUCAAUGAUCUGACGCAGAGUAUUUACAUCCCUCGUGGCGUCAAUGUGAAUGCACUGAGUAGAGACUUGAAGUGGGAAUUUACUCCUUCCAAGAAUAUGCGAGUUGGUAGUCACAUUACUGGCGGAGACAUAUAUGGAUUCGUCUUUGAAAAUUCUCUUAUUAAGCACAAGAUCAUGCUUCCACCUAAAAGCAGAGGAACUGUUACGUAUGUUGCCCCACCAGGGUGCUACGAUGUUUCUGAUGUUGUUCUGGAACUUGAAUUUGAAGGCAUUAAGGAAAAGUUCACCAUGGUUCAAGUAUGGCCUGUACGUCAGGUAAGGCCAGUCACUGAGAAGCUCCCAGCAAGUCACCCUCUGCUGACAGGACAGCGUGUGCUGGAUGCACUGUUCCCAUGUGUACAAGGUGGAACCACAGCAAUCCCAGGUGCUUUUGGGUGUGGAAAGACAGUGAUUUCCCAGUCUCUCUCGAAGUACUCUAACAGUGAUGUGAUCAUUUAUGUUGGAUGUGGGGAGCGUGGCAAUGAGAUGUCUGAAGUACUGAGAGAUUUCCCAGAGCUGACAAUGGAGGUUGAUGGAAAAGUGGAAAGCAUUAUGAAGAGAACAUCCUUGGUGGCUAAUACCUCAAACAUGCCUGUCGCUGCCAGGGAAGCGUCCAUCUACACAGGCAUUACACUUUCUGAAUAUUUCCGCGAUAUGGGUUAUCACGUUAGUAUGAUGGCAGAUUCCACAUCCCGAUGGGCUGAGGCGCUCAGAGAAAUCUCCGGACGUUUGGCAGAAAUGCCUGCUGACAGUGGUUAUCCAGCUUACCUGGGUGCCCGUUUGGCCUCGUUUUAUGAGCGUGCAGGUCGGGUGAAGUGCUUGGGAAACCCUGAGCGAGAGGGUAGUGUCAGCAUUGUUGGAGCUGUUUCUCCCCCUGGUGGUGAUUUCUCAGAUCCUGUGACAUCAGCUACUCUUGGUAUCGUGCAGGUGUUUUGGGGGUUGGACAAGAAGUUGGCACAGCGCAAGCACUUUCCCUCGGUCAACUGGUUGAUCAGUUACAGUAAGUACACCCGUGCUCUGGACGAAUACUAUGACAAGCACUUCCCUGAAUUUGUGCCAUUGAGGACCAAAGCUAAAGAGAUCCUGCAGGAAGAGGAGGACCUAGCAGAAAUUGUCCAGCUUGUUGGAAAAGCAUCCCUGGCAGAGACUGACAAAAUAACUUUGGAGGUGGCAAAAUUGAUCAAGGAUGAUUUCUUGCAGCAGAAUGGAUAUACCCCCUACGACCGAUUUUGCCCAUUCUACAAAACUGUCGGUAUGCUGUCAAAUAUGAUUGGUUUCUAUGAUAUGGCUCGUCAUGCUGUCGAAUCAACUGCUCAAAGCGAUAACAAGAUUACAUGGUCGAUUAUCCGUGAACACAUGGGCGAGAUUCUGUACAAGUUGAGUUCCAUGAAAUUCAAGGACCCAGUGAAGGAUGGAGAGGCAAAAAUCAAAGCAGAUUACUUGCAACUAGUUGAAGACAUGCAAACUGCAUUCCGUUCUCUAGAAGACUAAAACUAAUUGUUUCUGAGAAACUACAAAACAAAUCCAGUUUGCCCAGUAUUUAUAGCUUUUGUUUUGCUUUUUAGUUUUCUCACAUUCCUUUUCUACAUAUAACGUCUUAACUGUUUUGAUGUACAGUCAUUGGCUCACCAUUCCAACAGAGUUUGAUAGGCCUAGUUUAUUUGGAAUGUCUUUCCAGAAGUGUGGGAUCUACUUACCAGUCAUGAAAACAAAUGUCAGUAUUGUGUCUCAGCCAUAACUGGUAUUUUACACCCUUAGUUUUCUGCAACUAACAGGUCAAAUUCAUUUUUAAACCAUUGCAGAAACAAAUGUGACCACCUUGCUUUAUUUUUUAAAUGUAAGUCAACGGCAAAUACGCAUUAAGGUGUCCAUGUGUAUAUUGAUGUCUGUAUAUAUUAAUUAUAGCUACCUGCACUAUUGUAAUCAUUUAAGCUUUAGCCUUAUCCUUGGAUUCUCAACAACAGAGUCCAAAACAUUUGGAAGUAAUUCUGUUCUGGCAUGAAAUACGGUGUCAAGUUUGAAAUGAUUGUUGGUAUGUAAAGAAACUCUCAUGACUUUGCCAGAGCACAGCUACCAUGGGGAAAGGGGGUUGCAACAAUACACACUCCAGUCUUAACAGUAUCGCCAGCACUGGUGCUGAUGGACACUGAUGACAUGCAUGCCAACUUUAGUUUGGAAGUUUGAGUUAACAUUGUUAGGUUUUUCAUUAGUGUGGAAUAGAGCUGAAGCAAUCUUUGCAAUACCAGCUGCAAACUUUGCAACAAAGCCAGGUAUAUUUUGUCCCACAUUAGCUAAAGGCUCUGGGGUAUGGGUGAAGCAAGCUUUUGCACAAUUGUACACAAAGCUUUUGAUUUGGCUUUCUGUCCUAGCCCCAGCCACAUCUUGAAAUCGCUGUUUUGAUUUGGGUGGGAAAGGGGAAAGCCAACCUGUGAAUUUAAGGGAUUGGUAUAUGAGUUUGUAAUAAGUUUGCUUUUGUUGGAAACUGAUUCCAGACCAAGUUGUUUGUGCAGAAGGGGGAAAUUCAGAAUGCCAUCUGUGCUAGGUACUGCACCAGAUUGGGAUUGCAGUGUACGAACCGAAGUCACUUUAAAAAGUACAGUUGGUUGGAAAUGUGCUUAACAUCCGUUUUAGUUUUGCCUUCCUGCUUUAAAAAAUAGUUGAGAUGUGAAAAGUUAUGUAGAGAUUAAUGAUCUGGGCAGGCAAACUGGAACAGUGAAGUUACAGGAAAACUCACUGUAAAGGAAGAACAUAAUGGAACUAAGGUUAGAACCAAGAAAAAUGUUCAUGACAUUUAAAAUCCUGAAAGAUGAGUUGAGGGACGAGGUUUGAAAUAAUCAGAAGCUUUACAUGGUAUGGGGUGCCUGGCAGUGUUAGCAAUUCGGGCACUGGGUGAGUGAUGUUUCAAUAGGUUUUUUAAUAACUGUUUUGGCCUCUAUCUUUGUGCACCUGCCAAGAGCAUGUCUCCAAUCCAUACUCCAAAAGUUGACAUUUUCUCUCUCCCCAAAUCAUUUCUGCUUCGUGAAGUGUGAUUGCUGUGAUCCAGGCACAUAGCAUUGUGGGAUAUCAAUGACCUAGCUUGUCUAUUCGUAUCUUUGCAGGAUCUUCAGUCCUGUUACAGGGUGUUUCAUUAACUGGCCCCAGUUGCCUUCCAGGAGUUUAGAUUGCCUAGUUUGCACUACUAGUUUGUCUAAUGUGAGUUCACUGAUUAGCUGCUGUAAGAAACAUGUACAAAGUUAAAGUCUUAAUUGCAUUACUAUUUUAGUUAGCUGUGAUUUAAAAUAUUGAGCAUGUGUAGUUAAAAGUUUUCAGUUCUCAUGGGGGUAUAACUGUUGACCCUGGGUAAUAAUGGAUUGCUUGGCUUUACAACUUAUUUCAUAUUCCAUUUGGCUUUUUGUUAAAACGUAUCAUUAUGCUUCCCAUAAUGUAGUUAAGAUUGUUGGGAAUACGCUGGAGGAGAUUGGGUGAAAUUUUAAAAUGUGAAGCAGUAGUCUCUAGGAAAAACCAUAAUAUAAGAAAGCCAUAUCCAGUACGGUUCCUGGAUCAAGGAAAGUGCAGUUUAAUUUCAAUUGAAAAUAUUCACUAAUGUUUAAUAGUGCACUAAUAUAGUGUUAAUGUUUUGUACAUUUUAGAAUGUAUUUAACCUUCUUGAAAUCUCAUUUUCCUACACUAAACAUAGAAGGUUUUCUAUCAUAAUUAUUUGCAUCUUCUAUGCUUAAGGCCAUGGCAAUGCAUGAAGACUUGUCCCAGUUAAAUAAAUUAUCAAACCUAAUUUAGGACAUUGUUGUAAAUCUGUUGGGUUUAUCAAUGUUUGAAAUUUCUAAAUUCUUUGGUAUUCAUUCUGCUUGUGACUAUUUUGAGCUGGCAAUUAGAUUAAAGCAAACUGGUUUUUCCCCUUGAACCAAAUUUAAAAUACAGGUAUUGCACAGUUUAGUACUUGUGAAAAUUGGAAAGUAGUCUGCAUUAUUUUUGAUUAAACUUCAUUUGAAGGAGUCUGACCAUGUUCAGUUUGUCAGAUGCAGUAGUUUACUUAAAUAGCUUUAAACCACAGAAAUAUACAUAGUCCAUUUUGAUUGAGGAAUAGCAAAGGCAAUGUUUAAUUCUUUUUUGUAAAUUAUUUUGAAUUUGAUUCUUAGCACUUUCAAACAGAAUUUCAUCCCCAAAAUAAGAUUAUUUGAAAUUAUUCAAAUAAUGUCUGAAAAUUAUUCAAAGAAAGCAAGGCAAUGGAAAUCUGCCUGGUGUCUGCUUACCAGUGCCUGGAAUGUUACAGCUUUAACAAAAAAAAAUGAGCAUCUUCAGAAGUGAUGAUCUGCAGCAAAUGAAAAAAAAACAAAUUCUCCACAUCUGGAAUGUGUUUGGUUCUUCAAAUAACAGUUUCAUAUGCAGUAAAUGUGUGUAAUUCUGCUUCCAGCUCUCUGGAAAUGGUCAUUCCCUCUGUUCAAAUUCAUGUUAAAAGCCUUGUAAUGCAGCAAUUUGCAAUGAAAUGUGGGUGUAAUUAUCUUGCUAUGAAAGGUAUUGGAAUAUAUUGGGAAUUAAAACCGUGAUGCAACUGUACAUUGUGAUUAAUGUAAGGUAAUAAUUCAAGUUGUAUUUUUCCAGUUUUGAUGGUAAAUUUCACUUUUCAGUAAAUGAUUUGUGUGCACAGAUGGUUACAGUUUUCAUAUUUGUUCAGUCAUCGUGCAAAUUAUAAAAAUAACUAAUAAAGUUGCAGUGAUGUCCAGUGAA